AUGGCGUCCGAUAGCGACAGCAGCUCAAGCAGGUCUACCACACCAGAGCCCAAGACCAAGCACGAAAAGACUGCGAAGAAGGUUAUCCAGACACAGGAAUCCAGUGAAGAUGAUACCUCUGACUCGGGCUCCUCGGGUUCGGACUCCGACAGCGACUCGGAAAACGAAAUGAAGCCAGACGGCUCGGAACAGAAAAUUGCCAUCUCCGGCCCUCAGCCAUACAAGCCACCAGUGGGGUUCAAGGCUGCGAAGAAGCAGGCCCCACCGUCAUCCAAAGCAUCCUCCCUUCUGUCAAACCUCGACGGCAAACAAAUCUUCCACAUCACAGCACCUGCAUCCCUUCCAUUGUCCAAGGUCAAGGAGGUGUCCAUGGCUAAGCUGAUGCAAGGAGAACCUCUCAUCUCUCACGAUGGCGUGAACUACGGUAUCCCAGCCGAGGCAUUUACCGAGGCUGAGCCAGCGAACAAGUCGCUGCUUAUCUUUGAUGAGAAGACACAAACAUAUCGCAGCGCAGCCAGCAAAGUCCCCAGCUAUCACGUUCAGGAAUUGAUUGGUCUCCCGAGUGUAUCCAAAAACACCGAUGCUGCUGUGGCUAAGCUGCGUGAAUACGUCAAGCCAGCCAGACCCCAGCCCAAGAACUUGAAGAUGCGCUUCCGACCUGUCGGUACCUCCCACGCGCCCCCAGAGAGUCUCAGCUCUAGCUCGGAAUCGGAAGCCGAGGCUCCCUCUUUCAAGGUUCCCAAGGGAGAGGAGCGCAAGAGAAAGCUCUCACACACAGAUACCGAGGGUGACGCGCCCCAAGUGGCAGCACUUCCCCGCAAGAAGUCAAAGAAGCACUCACAAGAAGAAAAGGCGGAUGAUGAUGAGAAGAGCCAGAAAAAGUCCAAGAAGUCCUCCAAAGACAAGGAAGAGAAGAAGCGGAAGAAGUCUACAAAGGCUUGA